CCACAAUUAGCCCAUUACUCACUAUUGGUCUCGUUUCAUCAAGUUUAUAAGCUCAGGACUUGCUAAAUUCAUUUGCGUAAACUCACAUAACCAUUCUUUGAGAGUAGUAAUGGGAGAAAAACUAGCCGUUUCCGUCAGCCUAGCAUGCGAGAAUCAGCCGGAGGUGAUCAUACCACUACAUGGAGAAGGACGGUCGAAGAUAGAGAAAGUUCCGGCGAUACUUCGUGAUGUUAAGGCAAACAGUGACUGCUUUGAUCCUCUUGUGGUUUCAAUUGGUCCUUAUCACCAUGGAAAGGCUCAGCUUGCGCGUAUGCAGCAGCACAAAAAAACAAUGGCUUGUCAGUAUGCAGAUAAAUAUCUUACGACGUCGCUUGAAGACUUGUAUCAGAAGUUCAGUCCCUUGGCCAUUGAUGCAAGAGACUGUUACACCGAGGAAGAAGUAGACAAGUUCAACGACAAGGAGUUCAUUGAGAUGAUGGUUAUUGACACCUGCUUCAUCCUCCAUUUCAUCGACUGCUUUCGAGAGGACAAACUAGAGGAUUUGAAGAUGAAAAACAACAAGAUAGCUUUCGUUCAACGAGACUUGUUGUUACUGGAAAAUCAAAUCCCUUUUAAAGUCCUCAAUGAAAUAUCGCGCAAAGAGUUAGUAAAAAUUUCACCCGAAGAAACUACGCAGACAACCAUACAAAAUUUUCUUUCUGGUUUUCCUUAUUGUGUUAAAAGAGAACCUGCUCACCUUCUUGACCUUAUGCGCAGCAAUCUCGUUGGUGAAUGCGCUUGGAAAAAAAAUGCUCAACGUGGUGAAUGCGGUCGGAAAAAAAAUGCUCAACGUGGUGUAUGCGGUUGGAAAAAAAAUGCUCAACGCAAGCGCAAAGGCAGUCAUUGGUUUUCCUAUCGUUCAGCCCAGGAGCUCAAGGCUAAGGGCAUCCAUUUCAGGCCUAGCAAGACUAACAAAUUCACGGACGUUUGUUUUCGAAGUUUGUGUUUUUGUGCAGGUUAUCUGAGUCUUCCACAAAUAGGCAUUGAUGAUUCAACAAAGUCUAUGCUUCUAAACAUGGUAGCCCACGAAUCCAGUACCGAUGGCCCGGACGAUCUCGGAGUUUCUUCAUACAUAUGCUUUAUGGAUUCGCUUGUUGAUCAUGCUGAAGAUGUUAAGGAGCUUCGAAAAAAAGGUAUACUUCUGAAUUAUCUGGGAAGUGAUCAACAGGUUGCUGAUCUUUUUAACGAGAUAUCUGAUAAUCUGGUGCCACACCGGGAUGCCUAUGUGGAAGUUAAAGAAAUGUUAGAAAAGCAUUACACAAGCAAGUGGAAGACUUGGUUGGCAGAGGUUUUGUAUACUCAUUUCUCAAGCCCCUGGACGAUUAUCGCGUUUUUCGCUGCAAUUUUAGCACUUGGAAUGAGUUUCCUUCAGACUUAUAAAGACAUGAAGCAUAGUACGUAGAGGCUAAUGCACUACUACAUUAUUACUAUUUCCUGUAUAUGUUUGUGUGAGGUGCGUGUUGUAACUAUAUUGAAUAAAAUUUGAAUUGAGAUUAUCAAUAAAAUUACAAUAAAAUGAUGCACAUAUCGUUGCCCAUGGGUUA